GUCUGUCGCCAGUCGUCGCUGCUAUUGGUACUCUCUCCGAACGACACUAGUUCGUCGUCAGUCGUAGGUGGCGGUCUUGAUAAUUUGUGUUGUGGUUGUUGUUUGGAGUUUGUCAGAAAGUGCGUGAUUCUUUCAGUCGAUUGAAUGCAAAUUUAUAAUAUAAAUUUGUUAUUAUAAAUCGCGAAUCAGAUAGUUGCGUUUAGUUUUUAUUUGUUUUAAUUUUUCAUACCUGUCUUAGUACUAACAUUUGGUUACUUAAAUGUCCGAAUGAAAUAACAAGUUACUAAAAUCCAGUGUUACUGCACUUAAAAACUCUUUCUGAAUAUUACAAUAAUAUUUAGAUUUAGUAACACUUGCCUAUCUACAUAGAAUGUCAGAUAAUGGCGAUUCUGAUAUAGAAAUAGAAGAUGGAAUUGAAGAAGGAGAAAUAAAGAAAGUGCCUACUCCUGUUUCCAAGAAAACCAUGUCUGAAUCAUCUUUAAGUUUUGGACUAAAAUGGAACCAGUCAGACUAUUGUUGCCUGUCAGAAGACGAUACAGCCGACUCUCUGGAAAUCAAACCCCCGCAGGCUUUUGUGCACAAGUCUCACUCCAGUCGUAGGGACAAACAUUCAGUUUCCUCUUCACGGAGAAGUCAUAAAUCGUCCUCGGGAGGCCACAGAAAAGGUCAUCAUCACUCCAGAACUCACAGAGAAGAGAGAAGGAGACAUCAUAGUAUAUUAUUGUUUUCCAGGGACAGGUCUGCAAAAGAAGACUCAGUUCGUAUAAAAGAUGAGCCAAGAAGGCAUGGCAAGAGCAAAAAUAAUCAAGAAAGAAAUAAAGACGAUAAAAUGAAGGAUGAUCGAUACAAGGACGAUAGAUUGCGUGAUGAGCAGAGACUACGUGAUGAGAGGAUGAGAGAAGAGAGAUCACGCGAUGAGAAGAUGAGAGACGAUAGAAAUAAAUACGAUGAAGAGAUUGUGACGAAACGUAAAGAAGUGGAGGUAAGGGAGAGGAAGAAAUCAGGUCCUGAAAAGGCCAAAGAGAAACAAGAAAGAGACUUACGAAGAGAAAGGUUACUGGAAGCAGAAAGAGUGAAAGAGGUCUACAAGAAGGAUAUUGAAGAGAGGAGGAUGCGCAGAGCUAACAGAAGUCGAAGCCCUGAAAAAUCUGAUUUUUAUCUUGUGGCAGUUGAAAAGAAAGAGGAAGAAACAAUUUUGUCUGAUGUCUCCCUUUCCCCCACCCCGAUGGAGACGGAGGAUACGGGACCGGACGUGGAGAUCAUCAAUGACGGCUCGGAGCACAGCGGCAAGCGUUCGGAACCCAGCGUGGAGGAGGAGUCUUCAGAGGAUUCUGACAGCAGUACGGAGUCUGACCAAGGCGAGAGUGACGAGUCUCGGGCAGUGAGCCGGUCACGUUCCAACACGCCGAUUGUGGGCAGCAACCACGACGUAGACAACGACAUAGAGCUGGCUAAGGAUACAUUCCCUCCUUACUUGCCUGCCAUUCAGGGCUGCCGUAGCGUUGAGGAGUUCCAGUGUCUCAACAGGAUAGAGGAAGGAACGUACGGAGUGGUUUACCGAGCAAGGGACAAACGAACUGAAGAAAUUGUUGCAUUGAAACGUCUGAAGAUGGAGAAGGAAAAAGAAGGGUUUCCAAUUACUUCACUGAGAGAAAUCAAUACUUUGUUAAAGGCUCAACACCCGAACAUCGUGACCGUGCGAGAGAUAGUCGUCGGCAGCAACAUGGACAAGAUCUUCAUCGUCAUGGACUAUGUGGAGCAUGACCUCAAGAGUCUCAUGGAGACCAUGAAGCACAAGAAACAGGUCUUCUUGCCAGCUGAGGUGAAGUGCCUGAUGCAGCAGCUGUUGAGGGCUGUAGCUCAUCUACACGAUAACUGGAUCCUGCACCGUGAUCUGAAGGCAUCCAACUUACUCUUGAGCCACAAGGGUAUCCUCAAAGUGGGGGACUUUGGGUUGGCUCGGGAGUAUGGCUCACCAUUGAAGGCGUACACUCCCAUUGUUGUGACACUUUGGUAUCGGGCUCCAGAGCUUCUGCUGUCUGCCAAGGAGUAUUCAACCCCAGUGGACAUGUGGUCGGUUGGGUGUAUAUUUGCUGAAUUCCUGGCAAUGGAACCGCUGUUCCCAGGCAAGUCCGAGACAGAUCAGCUCAACAAGAUAUUCAAGACACUGGGAACCCCUAAUGAUCGAAUCUGGCCCGGAUACUCCAAGCUGCCCGUGGUACAGAAAGCCACCUUCGCAGAGUUUCCGGUUUCUCAGAUCCGCACCAGGUUUCCCAUGCUGACUGACACAGGAGUCAACCUGCUGAACAAAUUCCUGACGUACAACCCAACGGAGCGAGUUGCGGCAGAGGAAGCGCUGAAACAUGAGUACUUCACUGAGGCUCCGACCCCCAUCGACCCCGCCAUGUUUCCCACCUGGCCCGCCAAGUCGGAGCUGGGCUAUCGUAAGGCCAUCGCCAGUCCAAAACCACCUUCAGGCGGCCGAGACUACAAACAGCUGUCCAAAGGGCCUGGUCCUUCCAAAGUAGGAAGCGACUCGGGAUAUGUGCGAAGCUCCUCUUCUGCUAGUACCUCAGCUGAGUCUUUUCUCUAUACAACAUCUCAGGUCACCUCCUAUUUGUCGAAGAUAGGUGUGGACUGCAGCAAUUGUCCUUGCGCUCAGACUCUUCUGAGAGGUUACGUGUCUCCGUCACCUCUCACGGUGUCGAGCGAGUCGUUGAGUGGUUCAAUCCCUAUCUCAACCACCGUCUCUACCCAGUCUUCUAAGUCUUGGUCUCCUCAGGGGCCAGUGGUAGGAUGGAAGUAUGCUUGUGAACUAGCAAGCUCUUCUAGUAAAACGAGAACUUGGUUUUUGGUAAGUUUUAUGUCCUGUGCGGAUUGUUGCACCAUCGCUUUCUCUUCCUUGGCCGAUGUUGUUCUGACCGCUUUAUGUCUAUCUGCAAGUUUCACGAUGGUGCUUUCAACUUUUCUAUAUGUUGUUAUAAAACGAGUUACUUAUUGAGGGCAGUAUUGCGUA